AUGGAUUCCGAUGAUUCAUCUGGAUCUUCUAACGGUCACGACGAUUACGAAGAUCGUGUCCAAAAUGUGAUCCUUCGAGCUGCCGAACUACUUGGACGGCGGAUUGCUGACCAACCUGCCCCAGUCAUUAACCAAAGGGUGCCAGUUGACCGCAAUCGUAUUGAAGCACAUGCGCGUUUGAUGCAUGACUACUUUGAUGAUCAACUGCGAUACAACGCGAGACUUUUCAGAAAAAGGUUUCGUAUGACAAAAAAAUUAUUUCUGCGGAUAGUUGGUGAUUUGGAGGCUAGUAUUGAUUGUAUGCAUUGGCCAUGGGAGAUGUGUCCGGCGGCCUGGCGAGGUACUUACACGAGCGGUCAUGUGGGUAGACCGUCAUUGAUACUGCAGGCUGUAGCAUCCAACGAUCUAAGGAUGUGGAAUGCUUAUUUUGGACAGCAAGGUUCGCACAAUGAUAUCAAUGUGUUUGAAGCAUCGCCGAUUCUUGAGGAAAUUAUUAACGGUUUGGCACCUAGUGUACCGUUUUCGGCAAACGGAAACCAUUAUGAGAAGGGCUACUAUUUGGGAGACGACAUCUAUCCCGAAUAUGCUACAUUUGUGAAAACAUUUUCCGACCCGAUUGAUGAAAAAAGAAGGCUUUUUAAGAAAAAACAAGAGUGGGCACGAAAGGGUAUUGAGCGGGCUUUCGGUGUGCUUAAAAAACGAUGGAAGGUUCUAAAACAUCUGGCACUAUAUUGGAACAAAAAAGCCAUUCAAGAUGUUUGUUAUGUUUGUAUCAUAUUACAUAACAUGAUUCUGGAAGACGAAGGCAAAGCCGUGUGCCAAAACUACAACGAUCAAUAA